AUGCAGUCGCCGCUGAUCGCCCUCCCGGUCAAGGAGUCGCAGGACGUGGAGCUGGCAAAGCCGCUGGGCGAGCUGAUUCGGAACGUAUAUGAGCAGCAUGUAGACACGUUUUCGGAUGAUUUGCAGCGCGUGAACCGCACGCGCGAGGACGCAAUUGCCAAGGCGAGCAACAACGAAACGGCGCGCGAUGCCCUCUUUCGCUGGUUUCAUAUGCUCGAGAUGCUCGAGCUGCGCUUUGCCGAGCUCCGUGCGCCAUUCUCGUGGAACGACGCAUUUACUGGCGUGGAAGUGACGCAGCAGGCGCUCGCAUACGAGAAAGCAAGCGUGCUCUUUAACCUCGCCGCCCGCAUCUCCGGCGCGGGGCUCGAGCACGACCGCCGCGACGUGCGGGGAGACGGGCUGAAGCGCAGCUAUGCGGCCUUUCGCCAGGCCGCCGGGCUCCUUGACUAUAUCCACUCCAACUUUUUGCAUGCCCCGAGCGAGGAUAUGGGGGGGACCAUGAUCCAAGCCCUGCGCUCGCUCAUGCUCGUGCAAGCCGCCGAAAUCUUUUUGGAAAAGAGCAUUGCGGAUUCCAAGGGUGCAGCGCUUAUUGCAAAACUCGCGAGCCACGUCGCGAACACGUAUACAAGCCUCGCAGAAGAGUGGCAAGACACGUCCAAGUUUGCCUCAAUCCCACCGACGUGGCGCCAGCUCGUCUUGUACAAGAGCAAGUACGCUUCGUCGGUGAUGCAGUACUACCGCGCGCGCGCGGACGAUGCGGCGGGGUCGCACGGUGCGGCGCUCGUCCGGUGGACGCUUGCAGAAAAGCUGGCCAAGGAAGCGGCACGCGCGGUGAGCAACUUGCACGGCUUCAACUACCCGUCGUUGGUCUUUACGACGACGCUUCCUGGCGACGCGGCGGCCGCGGCGGCCGCAGAAGUCAAGGCGCAUACCGCACAGUGCGCCGAGGCACGCCGCCUCGCGGAAAAGGACAAUGAUUUGGUCUAUCACGAGCUGCUCCCGAGCGAGGACGCACUGCCGGCCGUCGACACGGCCAACGUCGCGACCGCGAUUCCCAUUCGCGAGAUCUUUGCACAGAGCGACGUCCAGGGCGUGCUGGGCCCCGACGUCUUUCCGACGCUCGUGCCGCUGAGCGUGCACGAAAGCGCAAGCAUGUACUCGGAGGAGCAGGCCAAGCUCAUCCGCGCCGAGUCGGAGCGCGUGCAGACCGCCGACGAGGAGCUCGAGGCGGCGCUCGCCUCGAUGAGCCUUCCGCAGGCACUCCAGGCGUACGCGGCACUGGAAGGCGGCGCACAGUCACUCGCCGAGCUGCCGCCACGCCUCGUGUCCGCUGCCGAUGCACUGGCCGCAAGCGGGCGUCCGGUCGACGAGAUCGACCGCCAGCUCGCACGGCUCACACAGCCGCAGGUCGCCGAGGAGCAGCUGCGCGAUGCCCUGAGCGACCUCGACGAGGAGAACCGCGCAUGCGAGCGGCUGCGUGUCGAGCACGGCGUAAGGUGGACGCAGGAGCCGAUCGGUAGUGCCGCGCGCAGCCUGCGCCGCGACCUCGCAAGUAGCCGCGACGCGCUGCGCGACGCACAGGUCCACGAUCAGGACCUCGCGUCGCUCUGGGCCUCGGCGCGCGACGACGUCGCAUUGAUGGCGCACGGCGCCGACGCGCUGCGUGCGCAGUGGCAGAGCGCCGCACGCGCCGCACGCUCGGGCGACGCGCCGAGCCUCCUGGACCUCUCGGACGAGGGGGAAGGAGAUGCACACCGCGCCGAGGCUACCAAGCUAUUGCAGCAGACGCGCGCAUCGCUCGAGUCGCUGCGCCGCCUUCCCAGGGAGCGCGGGGAGCAGCUUGCGGAACUCAAGAAGCGUGUGCGCUCCGACGACAUCUCGCGUGUGCUCCUGCUGAACCGGCGCAUGCAGAACGUUGAGCCCAAGGUGUUUGCUGCGGAACUCGCCAAAUUUACGCCGCUUCAGGCGCAGCUGGUCGAGAGCGCAGAGACGCAGCGUACGCGUCUCAACGAGCUGAGCCGCAGCCUCGAGCGGCUCGGGACACACCCUGGGACGGAGCCUAUCCGCAAGCAGCGGCGCGCGGGCGACGCCGCAUGUGCACAGCUCGUUGCACGCUGGGACCGCGCGUACGAGGCAUACACGGAAGUCUGCGCCGUGCUCGACAAGGCCACGUCGUUCUAUGCGGAGAUGAACGCGUCGGCCCAGCGGCUUGGUACAGCUACCACGCAGCUUCUUGCAGAGCGCCGCAGCGAGCGGCAGUCGCUUUUGCAGGCCUUGUCGUGGGACCGCCAAGGAGGCUACGCGCGGCAAGAUUCAGGCUCGAUUGCAGACGAUCUGCGUGCGCUGAAUAUGGAUGCACGGCCCCGCCAGGCGCCGGCUAAUGGCUACGCGAGUCCGCAUGGCUACGCGCCUUCCCCCCCGGGCCAUGGGUACCCGUCGCCGCCCCCGGCAGGCUACACCCCUCCUUCCUCGGGCUACUCUUCCUACGCCCCUCCUUCCGGCACCGAUGCAUGGCCGGCGCCGCCGGCACCGUAUUCGUCCAACUAUGCAACAGGGACGCCUACGUACGGCCAGCGAAACGCGUCCGGCGACCGUCCUGCGCCGCCGCCGCGUCCGCCCCGUGUAUAG